UCGUGACCAUCAUCAACAUCAUUAUCAUUACAAUCAUCAUUAUCAUCAUCAUCAUCAUCAGUCAUGAUCUCUCGUGGUCUCCUGCUGGUUCUGCUGGUUCUCACCUGCCUUCAGUCUUUUAAAACGGCCCAAAAUGGAAAUGGACCAGACUCAUGCUGUUUCAGUUACCAGAGAACUCCAAUCCCUAUCAGAGUCAUUACAGGGUAUAAAGUAACAGACCCUCAGUGUCCAAAACCUGCAGUCAUCUUUACCCUGAAGAAGGACAACCGUCAGGUGUGUGUAGAUCCUGAUCUCAAGUGGGUGCAGAAACACAUGAAAAUAAUUGACCAGAUCCUAAACAAAACUUCUACGAGUACUUCUUCAUCUCCAUCCAACUUCUCUCUCCAAUGAUUAAUUCAUAUUCAUACAGAAUUCACUUUUUCUGUAUUUGAGCAGGAAGAAUCUUUAUAUUUAUAUAUGUUAUAUAGUUUUCUAUUCAGGCACCAAUACAGUAAAAGACUUUGAUUAUAUUCAAUAAAAAC